AUGAAUAUACAAGAAAGUCAAGACCCCAACAUCAUUGCAAAGACGAAAAACACGGAUCGAAAAACGAACCUGAUUGGAAACGACAACAACGACAACAGCUACAGCAACAACGUCAACGACAACGUCAACGACAACGACAACAACAACGACAACAACAACAACAACGACGACAACAACAACAACAACGACGGCAACAACAACAACGACAACAACAACAACAAGAACGAUAAUUAUAGCCACAGCUAUAACUACAUCAGCAACAAUAGCAAUAGCAAGAACAAGGACAAUACUACAGACUUGUACCAGCUUCCGCAAACUCCAACAGCAAACCAGCAACAGCUUCCAGUUUAUAAUAGGAGAGUCUUUAUAAACAGAUCUCACCUUCAAAAUACAACCACGCCCAUAACCUCUUCUCCUCCAGUGCAACAGAAGAGGCACAACUCCGCCGUCUCGUCCAUCAACAACAACACAAAGGACAACAACAGUCACACCUCCAACAAACGAACGGCUCACUAUUCUCCCAGUUUAAACCCCGUCCACUUCUCAAGCAGAUUGACAAACCCCGUGGCUAACCAGUAUCCCUUUCUAAAUAACUACUAUCAACAGGGUUACCAUCUGAACAACUUGAACUUGAAACAUACAAAUUACAAUUCAAACAAAAUUAGUAAUACUCCCACAGUCAUUAGUAAUUCAACAAAUUUGAAUUUUAAUUUGGGACACUCAAACCUUAAUAAUUAUAAUUAUAACUAUAACUCAAACUAUAACUAUAAUUACAACUUUAAUUUUUCGCCUUCAAUUGUUAAUCCAAAGAAUAACGUCAACAAAGUAUCUCACACCAUUAAUCCCCAGGCUUCCCUUAUUGAGAAUAAAAAUAUUAGUCAUUUUUUGAAUCAAAGUACAGUUCCUACCACAAAUAUUAAGCACAGUACAAGUUCUUAUUCUCCGACUCCUGAACCAACUACCAAGAUGAACCAAAAUACAGUAUAUCAAAACCAGCAACAACAGCAGCAAUCACCACUACCCCCACAACAACAACAACAACAACAACAACAACAGCAGCAGCAGCAGCAAACACCAUCACAGCAACCUCCUCAACGGUUAAUAUUGACUAAGGAAGAACAAAUAUUGAUAUCGAAUCUUCAAGAAACCUAUAAAUCAAUCCUCAAGUUAGAAGUAGAAACUCAACAAGGUUGCGCAUUAGUUAACCAAAAGCUCUUAGAGAAUAAUACCGGCUCCGAGCUGAACAAUGAACUAUGGUCGGUAUAUAAGCAAGUGGUUCAACUAUUGGAUUGCUAUUAUGAUUUCUUAUUAUAUGCAUUGUCUCCAACUUCGAAGCGAACAGGUAAACCACUAGUCUCAAACUAUAGAAUAUUGAAGAGAAUGUGGGUUUAUGGAAUCGUUGCAUUUCUUGAAGUGUUGAAAAAUGUGGUUGCAAUCUUUGUCGAACACGAAGUCUGUGCUUGCUUUGUCAAUUAUUCUUUUAAUAUAAUAAGUUGCCUUAUCGAUCCGGAAUUAGGCAUUGAAUCCUGGUGGGCUGAAAAAUUGGGGGACUUGAGUAGAAUGGCAAUAGCCUUAUAUCCAGUGAGGUAUAUGGACUGGAAAAUGUCUUCCAUUAGCUGGUAUCAAGAGGCAAUCAAAACUCAAUAUGGCCAUGGGAAAAUAUACUAUCACAUGUGUUCUGUUGAACUCGACAACUUAGAAGCCCUAAUGUUGAUAGGUAAAGGCGUCAAUUGCCGAGACCCUUUUGUUCCAACCCAACAAUAUCUUAGAAUGAUUGUGGAUAAUGUUUGUUCUCAAAGAAAUAUGCUAACCUCAAUUGAGAUGGCAAUGAUUGACUUUGUCAAAAUUCAUAAGAUACUUUUAUUGCCUACUUAUUCCAUCAAUCAGGAAAUGAUUAAUAUAGUAUCUCACUAUUCUUCUAAUUUCGGUGUGGAUAGUAAUAACAUUGACUUUUUCCAGGUUAGACCUGACUCCAUUACUCCUGAUAUAAACGAGAAAAUCACCUUCUGGUAUCAGAAAGGAGCAAAUUUUGCCUUAUCAAACAUCUAUCACCUCAUGGGUUUUGGUGUUUGUUCGAAUCCAUUUGCUAAAUUAUUUGACCUAUUAGAUGCCUUGAAGGAAAGAAAAGAUAAAAAAGAUCGAAGAGAAAAGAGAAGGAGAUCGAGAAGUGAUUCUAACAACAAUACUAACAACAAUAACAACAUGGAUAAUUCUGUGGAAGCAAACAAGUUAAAAUCUGAUACAAAUGACCCCGAAUAUGUUGUUAAUGCAACUGCCAAUAAAUUGGACGAAAAAUCCUGGUUUCUUCUGCUCGAGCAUACCAACAAGGGUGUAAUUGAAUUGUCUAUGAAGAUGCUAAAACAGUACCUUUCUGGACCAGUACAGACUUCAUCACCUCAUGCUAUCGUUUGGUUAUACUUUUUAAUCAGUGUUUGCGAGUCAGUGAAAAUAUAUCCACAAUCUAAGCCCAUGUUCUAUAAGUUGUUACAGGCCAUCUUCCCCUGGAAAGUCUUGGUACUUUAUUUGAAUGACGUACUGUGUGUUGUUAGAUCAGUACCUGAAAUAAGAUUACGGUACAAAACUUUCCUAACCCAAAUUCAUGAGAACAAAGACAGGAAUAAUCACUUGUUUUUUGAAAUGUUUGGAAAUAAUGAAACCCUGUGGGAAGUUUGGAAAUGCUGGGGUUCACUUUGGUUUGAUAGAAUAUCACCAAAGGGUGACUAUACAAACGUUUGUGAAACAGGUAUAAAGAAUGAUAUUUUUGAUGUUCCAUUGUCUGGUGAAAUUUAUAAACCGUAUCAUGAUGGUGAGCGGUUCAUUAGAAUUUUGCUUUUAGGUAACUACAUAUGUGAAAAUUUCCCGGAACUAGGUUUGAAGAUGUCCGACAAUAUUUUUAAAUUUAAAUACGAUCCUGAUGCAGUGAAGGUUGAAACCGCCAAUUUGACCUACUUUACCUACUUUAUGGGUGAUUCAAGAUUGCAACCAUUGUUAAAAUUUUCUGGUUACUUCACCAACAUCAAUGCUGAGGAUAAUAAAAAGAGCGAUGGUGAGACUACUUUUGAGGAAAAAGGAGAAGAUGAUGAAGAAGGAGAAAAACAUCUAAAGCUCGAAGGAGAAAAAGGCCAAGAUGAUGAUGAAGAAGAAGAAGCGGAGGAAAGUGGAAACAACAAUGAACGUAUAUUUGAUUUAGAGCAAUGGACGGAUGAAAAUGUAUCACCAAGGUUGCCGAUGUGGGAUCACAAUUCCUAUGGGUUUAUGACAGAUUUCAUCAAUAAUCAGUAUCCUGCAUAUUUGGCACAUCGUAAUAACAUUUCAGAAAAUUUGCAUGGUCAUGAAGUAAUUGAAGAAGAGUAUGAAGAAGAAUCCGAUGAAUACGAGGAAAAUGAAGAAAAUGGAAGUGUGAUCAACUACAAUGAUGUUAACACCGAUCAAUUAGGCAGUUUAUCUGACGGCGAGUCGGUUAAUGCUAAUGCUCCCUUGAACAAUAAUCCAGCCGCUAUGUCUGAUGCUGGUAAUGACAACCAAGUUCUAAGCAAAAGUAAAGGUAUUAGAGGUGAUAUAGGCGAAUUUCUAGAUAGCUCAAUUACUUUUGUAUCCCUCGAUACAAACGUUUGGUUGAAGCACUGUGGCAGGAUUUUCAAAUGUGUCAGGUCCAGGAUUUUCAAACUGGCCAUUCCUCUAACUGUAUUUCAAGAACUUCGUUCGUUAAGAAAGUCAAAUGACAGCUUGGUGUCAGAAAGUGCAACGAGGGCUGUUAUAAUUGCAAGACAAUUGUAUUCUGAGAAUGUUGUUCUAGUAAUAAGAUCAGAUGGUACGACAGCUUCACAUAUCAACGAAACGAGAGAAUUUGAACAAAACGAAAAUUGGAGAUUGAAUUCGGAUGAAUUAAUUCUACAAAGUGUUAGAUUGAACGAUGCAUUCGGCAAGAAGCUGAACCUUGGUUAUGGUUAUUCCGUAGGAGAAUUACCCAGGUUUCCUAUUUUCGAAGAACCUGGUAAAAUCUCAGGAUUUUACAAUGGGUCAUAUCGUGGUGGAUAUUCUCAUUCUUAUUUUCCGACAUCUUUACAACCGAAUCCCCCUGUUGUUUCUGUACAGCCAAAUCAGGGCUCUACCUCCAAUUCUGAAGUUACUUCUACAGUUACUACUCCAACCAUUAACAAGGAACUGUUGAAUAUAUCAAGCCUUGGGUACGGAAAUCCAAUUAUUGAUGCAACAGCAAUACGAGGGGAAACUUUGAAGCCGACAUUUUUGUCAUCAAAGACCACAACGUUGAGCAAAAAUGAUGCAAACGAAUUCAAAUAUAACAUCAUUGUCACUGAUGAUCACGACAUGUGUUCACGUGCAGAGAGCAUUGGACUUACACAAUUCAGAAGUUCUGAAUGGUUUAAAAUUGUGGAUAAGAUAUCUUUUGGUCGGUGCUUAGACUAA